AUGACAGAGCCCGAACCCGUUCGCAUCAAACUGUUACUCCUCGGCGAUUCGGGUGUAGGAAAGUCCAGCCUAGCUCGACGCUUUGUUGAGAAAAAGUUUUUCGUUGAUGAAAUGCCAACGAUCGGCUUUGAUUUCAAACCACUGAAUAUGAUGAUUGACGGAGAAAUGGUUCAGUUCAACAUAUGGGACACUGCUGGUUCGGAGAGAUUCAAUGGUAGCUUGACUCCGUCUUUUUAUCGGGGUGCCAACGGGGCAUUUUACGUGUACGAUGUGACAUCGUCCAAGUCGCUUGCUAGCACCAAAUAUUGGCUAGAGCAGUCGGAGCAGUUCACUGAACAGAAUCUUGUAAAAAUGCUUAUCGGCAAUAAAGUUGAUUUGGAAGACCGUCAGGUUAGCAAACGUGAGGGGUCUGAGUUUGCACGCAGCAUCGGUAUGAUUUUCCUCGAGACUAGUGCCCGAACGGACGAGAACGUUCAGGAUGCAUUUGUGGAACUAGCACGCAAGGUACCGUGUUUGCACUAA